AGGCAUCACUCCAGUACACCUUGCUUGCUAUUUUGUUCUUCUUCCGAAUUGCAAGCAAAAACAGCAACGGUGAAGGGCGGCGUAGUUGGCAGCGCAUGCGUUGUUGCUCUACACCGCUGUUCUUAAUAUGCGGAGGUAGAUAGACCCCUUCCCAUUCCUUCCCGAAGUGCGGCGAGACACCUCUCUUUAUCCUCGAACGUUCGCGGAUUUGCUCGAUAAGGGGUAGCCCCAACGACUGCGACUUCUCCCCUUUCCUACUUAACUCUUAAAACCAAUCUACUGCUGCAGCUUCAAACAGCGAUGCGCGGAUGCAAACUGCCUUUUGCUCUCUCUCCCUUGCUUUAACCCUAGUGCAACCCCUGCUGCUUUUUACCGCCUCGUAGAUUUCGGAAGUACUUUCGCAGCGGCGGCGGCAUCACCACGACGGCACUCAUUACGUGUUGGCUGUAGUCCAUCGCAUCCAGUAUCAUUUUUUUCUUGUCUUCCCGGCAUAGGUGCAUUCACGCGCUCUACGCAUGAACCUCUCUGCUGUGUCAGCGGAGCAUACGGGGGAGAAGACGACUUCGCCUCUGCCGGCAGGCGACGUGCCGGCUGUUCGUGUUAACGGCGCCGCAUCACUACAUGCGACGGAGGCCCUCACAGGGCGUGCCGAUGCGCCGGUGGGCGAUCGCGCUGCCCCACCCGGUCUCACUGCGUCGUUGCCAGGCAUUCAAGUUGCACUUGCCGGCGCCUUCCCAACUAGAAGUGACGACGCUGCUGUGGCGGCUCGCCCAUCCACACCGCCUUCGUGUCUUUCCAACAGCGUCUGCUCCGGCGACUUGAGCAAUCCUCUUCUCGUGACCAACCGGCCAUGCUCGACGCGGCGGCCACACGUACACGCGGAUGGCGCGCCACUUGCAAAGAUGGCCGAUACCCACGUCUGUGACAAUCACCACUCGACCACGCCCUACGGUGAGUCGUUCAGUCGGGUGGCGGAGCCGUCGCUGAGCUACUUUUCGCCGCAGCCGCACCACUGCAGCGAGCUUCUGAAGACAACUGUGGUGCCAGCCCCACUUGUCAGCGUCUUGCACAUGGCUGCUGUGCCCCUCUCGCCACACGUGCCACAGCGAAGCACCGCCUCGGAUGAUGAUGGCAGCCGCGGCAGCUGCCCAGGCAAUGAGGAAGAGAAGGGGUCUGGCGUUGCGGCAGCAACUGACUUUGGCAAUAGGCCGUCAGACUUCACUUUUCGGACGAACGAAGCACAGGAAGCGUCUGAAGGCGUGGACGUCGCCGAGUCUCCCCCGCCGAAGCCAUCGGACCUGCGUUUAGCCGAUCCUGCUGGCAAUCUGUCUAGCAUCCAUGGAGGAGAACACGCAGCAGUGUCUCCCGCGCAAGGUGUGCCCCCCGAAUGCUGUGCAACGGGCCAAGAGGGCGAUUUGCCUUCCAAGACGCUUCGCUCUCUCUCACGAGACGCCCCUUUACGAGAACCAGUAGUCUCAUCCCUGUCACAGCACCACCGUACACGUGUCUCCACCGCUAACACCGCGGACACGACAGGGGUUUCGCUCCCGACUCCCACUUCUCCCACUGUCAAACACCUCGAGGCCGCAUUGACGGGGUGCACGCAGUCUCGCGCGGGUCCCGUUGACGACAACCAUUAUCACCACACCGGCAACCGUAGUGCUCUUGCGGCGCCGUCCACGUCACUUGUCUCCGCUCCUGAUGCUUCCUCGUCCUUGUCGUCGCCGUCCAUCGCCGGCACGCGACGCAGUCUCCUCAAACCACCGGCGCGUCUCACGUCGUGGAUUCGCUCGCGCGUGAGCCAAAACAAGGUGCGCUUCCGCAAUGGAGAUUUCAAUCUGGAUCUCACGUACAUUACUCCACACAUCAUCGCGAUGGGCUACCCAGCGCACGGCACGGAGUAUUACAUUCGCAACCCCAUUGAUGAGGUGGAGCGCUUCUUCGACGAGCGCCACGGCGGCCACUUCCGGCUCUACAACUUGUGUGCGGAGCGGGCGUACGACCACCCGCACCGCUUCCACGGGUGCUUCCGACGGUUCCCGUUUGACGACCACAACGCCCCGCCACUCACGCUGAUUCUGCACUUCGUGCUGGACGCAACGGCCUUCCUCGACGCGGACACGGCGAACGUUGUCGCCGUCCACUGCAAAGCUGGCAAAGGGCGCACGGGCCUUAUGGUGUCCUGCCUGCUCUUCUACCGCUACCCCGAGCGCUUCGCCACCGCCGAGGACGCCAUCCACUUUUUUGAUCAGCAGCGGACGAGCGACGGCGAGGGCAUGACAAUCCCUUCGCAGCGGCGCUACGUGAGCUACUUCGAACGCAUCGUCCGUGAAUUCAACGGUACUAUGCCGCCCGUGCAACGACGGUUAGCUUUGAAGGACGUUGUGAUUCGCGUGGCGCGCGAAGGCACCCUUCAGCACCCAGACGACCUGUACUUUCUCAUUUCUGAUCACCAGCAGGUGCUGCUGGACUCGCGGAUGUGGUUUCCGCGCGGGCCGACGCGGAGCUCGGUCGGUUGCAUCUUCUCUUUCGCCGCACUAAAGAGACAGUUCGCGCCGGCACCGCUGGUGGGGGACGUAAAGUUCGCCUUCUUUCGGCGUCGGCCGAUGGUGCUGCCCGGCAAAGAGUCGAUGGCGUGUUACCUGUGGUUCAACACAACCUUCUGCCCGUCGGUGCAAAUGGUCUACCGCGUAGCGGAUCUGGACAAGGUGGACGUGGCAGCGGUGGGCAAGGCGGUCAUGGUGUCGCUCUCCUUUACCGAAGUGGCGGCGGGAGAUGAAACCGCUGCUGCAACCACACCAACACCACAACCGGAGACCGACGGUGUGUAG